AUGGGUCAAAAGUGCGGAGAACUACACGCUGCUUCAUUGCUUCGCAUGCGUCGCGUGAUGAAGUGCCUGGGAAUGCUUCCGAUUUGUCAGAACCUGUUCGCCAAAGUAUUUUGCAAUGUAGUCCUUGUGAUUACAGUGGGUUACUCGAGUUCCUGGCGCUUUAGCUUUGACUAUGACUUCGACUAUGAUUUCCUCAACGAUCAUUUCUCCAGCACCAUUGAUCUGACCAACUUUGGUGCCCUAGUAGCGAGUCAUUUCAUCAUUGUGAUAGAACUUUUGUGGGGAAAUUGUAGCAGGGAUGUGGAUAGACAAUUGCAGGAGAUCCAUUACCAGAUGAGCGCACACCUGGGCACUCCUGUUAAUACGGUUCGAAUUCGGGGCUACUGCAAUGCCAUCUAUGGGUCUCUAUUCAUCCGAUGUCUGAUAUUCUGCCUAGUGACUGUAUACAAUAAUCGCGCUCUAACCUACUAUGCACUCUAUUCGGAAAUAAUUUUGAUGGCUCGCUUCUCCGAGUUCACCUUGUACUGUGCCGUGAUUUUAUUCCUUUAUCACGAACUCAACCUUGGAGCUUCGAAUGUUGUAAAAGAAUUGGAGAAAACUCGGUUUGAACUGUGGUCUAUUCGCCUUUUGUCGCUGGAGAAGUUGCCCAAGUUGCAAAGAAUACACGGUUCAUUAUGGGAAUCCAUUAGAUGUUUGGAGCGCUACUUCCAACUGAGCCUAAUCACUCUGCUCAUGAAGUUCUUUAUAGACAUAUCGGCUCUACCCUACUGGCUCUACCUCAGCAAAAUACAGCACACAGAAGUGUCUAUACAACACUAUGUGGGAUUUGAUGAGGUUAUAAAAAUCCUAGAAAUUAUAGUGCCCUGCUAUCUCUGCACACAAUGUGAGGCAAUGCAGCGAAAGUUACGAUCGAUGUUUUACACAAUCACUACAGAUCGUCGUAAUGGUCAGCUUAAUGCGGCUCUAAGAAGACUUAACCUACAAUUGAGUCAGGAGAAAUGCCAGUUUAGUGCAGGAGGAUUGGUGGAAAUCACCACAGAAAUGCUGGGAAAGUUCAUUUUCGGAACGAUCAGCUAUAUAGUGGUCUGCAUUCAAUUUAGCAUCAACCUCAGGGCCAGCAGCUCCAGCAAAUUUGCACCAAGUUCGACACCCAGUGCCCACAUUUAA